CUGCAUGUAGAAAACAGUUCCUUGAUUUACUCUUUAUCCUGUAGUCUUAACAUGUUAGCUGAAUUAAAAAUAUAUACAUGUAGGUUAUCAACGUCGUUCAACUGUUAGAUUUUGUCGACAAUUUCCGAGGACCGCCCGACUCGGAAACUGGUUUUUAGUACUCCUCGGUUGUGCUUCACGUCGCCACCUUACAAAUGCCCAUGCUUCCUUCAACAUAGCAGUGCUGGCCAUCAUGGGUCCACGAUACAGAAAUCAGAGAUCAAACCGUCUCACAAAGGCCUCGCAAGGCGAUGGUAAAAAGAUCAAACAUAAUAAAUCCCUUAAAAAUAAGGUUAGAGACGUACAGAGACUGCUUAAAAAGAGUGAUCUUCCAGCAACAGUGAGAGUUGUUCAGGAGCGCAUGCUUGAUGUCCUAAAAGAGACAAUUAAAGAUAAAGCAAAGGAAGACAAACAGAGAAGGAUUGAGAAAAGAUCUAAAAAAGUCAAAUUCUUUGAGAAAAAAAAGAUCUUUAGAAGGUUCAAAUCCUGUAUGAAAGAGCUCAGUGAUGCAGAGGAUAUUGAAACAAGAAAUUCUGCACUGAAAGAACUUGAGGAGAUCAAGCAGCAGUGGAAUUAUGUUCAACAUUUUCCAGAAAACACAAAGUAUAUUUCAUUAUUUCCGCUGACAUCCCAUACUAAUGCAGAAAUUGUUGCAAAACAAG